CGGAAUCUGAGCUGCCGCCGUUGACAGCUAAACGAUGCUUUCCAGAUUAUGUUUUUUGCGGUUAACAACAUUGCUUGCGUUGUUACCGUGUGCUUCACUCUUCAAUGUGGAUGAGAAGAAUGGAAUGACUUUCAGUGGAUCUGUGGAGGACAUGUUUGGAUACUCUGUACAACAGUUUGAGAACAGUGAGGGAAAAUGGGUUUUGAUCGGGUCUCCCUUGGUCGGACAGCCAGCGAAGCGGACCGGUGACGUUUACAAGUGCCCUGUGGGUAAAAGUAGUAACCCACAAUGUGUAAAACUGGAUCUUCCUGAAUUCACAAACAUUCCUAAUGUACGUGAAGUCAAAGAAAACAUGACCAUGGGAACAACACUGGUUACAAACCCCAGUGGUGGAUUUCUGGCCUGUGGUCCUCAGUACGCUUACAAGUGUGGAAAACAGCAGUAUGUCACAGGCGUUUGCAACAAUGUCAGCUCCUCGUUCGAGGUGAUCAACUCCUUUGCUCCAACAGUGCAAGACUGUCAGAAAGAGCUGGAUAUUGUUAUUGUGCUGGAUGGUUCAAACAGCAUCUACCCAUGGAGCAGUAUCAUUGACUUUCUGAUAAGAUUUCUUCAGAACAUUGAAAUUGGACCCAAUGCAUCUCAGGUGGGCAUAGUGUCAUAUGGAGAUGAUGUGGGACAUGUAUUUAAUCUCAGUCAGUUCACCAACACUCAGGAUCUCAUCAAUCAUGCCAAGAAGAUCCCACAGAGGACAGGCCAUAAAACCAUGACUGCACUGGGCAUUGACACUGCUAGGAAAGAGGCCUUCACAGCGGAGCGAGGGGCAAGGCCAGAGGCCAAGAAGGUCAUGGUGAUUGUCACAGAUGGAGAGUCUCAUGAUAAACUACAACCUAAAACGUUCAUUGACCAGUGUGAGGAGGAUGACAUUGAGAGAUUCUCUAUUGCAGUCCUUGGUGAUUAUAAUCGACAAAAUAAAAGCAUAGAAGAGGUGAAGAAGUUCAUUGAUGAGAUUGAAUCAAUUGCUAGCUCGCCAAAAGGAGAUCAUUUCUUUAAUGUGUCUGAUGAAGUGGCAUUGCUGACUAUUGUGGAUGCUUUAGGAAGUAGGAUCUUUGCCUUGGAAGCAACAUCUGGUAACCACACUUCCUCGUUUGAAAUGGAGAUGUCUCAAGCUGGUUUCAGCGCACACACAUCGAGAGGAGGCCUGAUGCUGGGUGCGGUGGGGGCCUACGAUUGGAACGGGACCGUGGUGAUGCAGACAGAGGACACGUUUAUGCCACUCAGUAAGACUGCUUUCCACAACCCACUGGUGGAGAGACAGGAGGCCUUGGCCGGAUACGUGGGUUAUGAUGUGCAGUCGGCCUGGACGCGUGAAGGAGUGCUGUACAUCACUGGAGCACCGCGGUACAACCACACUGGCCGAGUCAUUGUGUACCGCUUUGAGGGAAAAAACAUGGUCAUCAAACAGAUACUGAAAGGAGAACAGAUUGGCUCAUACUUUGGCAGUGUCCUGGAGACUGUGGACGUGGACGAAGACUCAUACACAGAUAUCUUGCUCGUUGGAGCUCCCAUGUAUAUGGGCUCAGAGAGAGAUGAACAAGGUCAAGUGUACGUCUACAAACUCAACAAGGACGGUAUGUUUGAGCAUGACAUGACUCUGAAACCCAUAAAUCAGGCAUGUUGUACGUCACACUCUCAAAGCUCCUGUAACAACGUCAACAAAAAUGAGCCCUGUGGCGCACGAUUCGGAACUGCCAUCGCUGCCGUGAACGACCUCAACCUGGACGGCUUUAGAGAUGUAGUCAUCGGUGCUCCCCUGGAGAAUGACCACCGUGGGGCAGUGUACAUUUACCAUGGAGAUCAGCAGUCACUAAAGGAGAAGUACGUUCAGCGUAUUGCUGCUGGUGGAGAUGGAGAGAAGAUGAAAUUUUUUGGCCAGUCCAUCCACGGUGUUCUGGAUCUGAACGGUGAUGGUAUCAUUGAUGUCACCAUUGGAGGUCUAGGAGGGGCUUCACUUUACUGGUCUCGGGAUGUCGCUGAACUCCAUGCAGAGAUGAGCUUUAAUCAGAGCAGGAUUAAUCUGCAGCAGCCAUCAUGUCAAGUGAAUGGAAAGAAUACUGUUUGUGUUGAAGUCAAGCUUUGUUUUCUAUACAAAGUCAAGACUGAGAAAAACACAAAUCCCACCACUGUGAUAAGGUACAGCUUGACUCUGGACUCACUGAGAGCGAUUGCCAGAGGGAAGUUCAAAGAUUUGGAUGAGAGGAGCUUGCAGACCAAUGCCACUAUCAGAGAGAAGCUGUGUGAAGAGCACACCUUCUACAUGUCGGAUAAACUGGACUUCAGAGAUCCCAUCAUGGUCUCUUUAGAAUUUGGCUUAGCAGAGGAAGAAAAAGGUCCAGUUCUAGAUGGGAAUUUACCCACAUCUCUCAACAAGACAAUUGCAUUGGUGGACUGUGGAAACAAUAACAGAUGUAUUGCAGAUCUGCAUCUCACAGCUACACCGACUGUCCAAAAUCUAACAAUCAGAUCCAGCCAGGACAAGUUCCAUGUCCAAAUUAGUGUAAGGAACAGUAGAGACAAUGCCUACAAUACAAAAGUGACAUUAAGCUAUACGGAAAACGUCAACUUUGUCAAAAUUGAGCCCAAAGACAAAGACUAUGAACUAAAUAACACUCAAGUAGUAUGUGCUGUAGGCUAUCCAUUCCUGAAAGCAGAUGAAAAGGAAGAGUUUAAGAUCCUGUUUGAAGUUAACCCCUCUUAUAUCCGUAAGAACAUUAUCAUCAAUGUCACUGCAACAACUGACAGUGAUGAGCCAGCCUCAGCCCUCCAUGACAACGCAGUGCUCAUUUCUAUUCCUGUCAAGUAUGAAGCCAAUCUGAAAUUUAACGUUUAUUCAAAGGAAGAUCACAUCAUAGUGAAGGAGAAGGAGACAAUCCCCAGUUUGUUCAACCACACUAGCAUGAUUGGAGACGAAGUGAAGAUUAACUAUACCAUUGAGAGGGAUCCAGGCUUUCAGAUUCCUAAUCUGGAGUUUACAGUGUUGUUCCCAUUCCGCACUAGCAAGGAGAACAUAUUGCUGUACCUCACACAUGUCACCACCUCCAGCCAUGUCCAGUGUACAGCACAGGAUCUGAUCAAUCAUUUAAAAAUCAGCCCCCAAAACCAACACAAGUUAAACCCCAAAGCAGAGACACUCAGCAACUUCUUGGUGAACUGUACAGAGAAGUAUAACCCCUGUAAGCCCUUCAGCUGUUCUAUCAGGCCUGCUGACUUUAACUACAUUAAUGUUACCUUCAGACUUUGGAGGCCAACCUUCAUCAAAGCUGAAUUCCCCAGUCUUCGUAUGACAGUUCAUGCCAAGCUCGAGAUCAAAGGUGCAAGCAACUUCACUCUGAGCAGUAGCAAUGAAGUCAGAGAGACAAGAGUACUGGUCUCAAAAGAAGCCCUUGGUGGAAUCCCAUUAUGGAUCAUAAUUCUGAGUAUUCUCAUAGGACUGCUUAUACUUGCCCUGGUUAUCUUGAUCCUUUGGAAGGCCGGCUUCUUCAAGAGAAAAACUAUGGAGGAGAUGAAGGGGAAUAUGAAAGAUGAAGCGGAAAUAUAAAGCCUGCAUGUAGAAGGUCUGCAACCCACACACCUCACGUCAGCUUUCAGUCUGGAUCCUACCAGUACCAAAGUGGAUAUAUUGAACAAGACCAUCCAUUCACGUGAAUGCUGCCGUUUCUAUGUUAUCACAGUCCACCUCUCCGAACAUUUGAUUGCGUUCUUAAAAAAUCAAAGGAAGACCAUGGUCUACCUCCAUGCACAUCGCAAAAAUCUGACGUGGUCGACCUUGACGGAACUGUACAACCCUUUCUGGUUCUAACGAAAAAACACCAAAGGAAAUGUUGAGUCACGGUCUAAUCACAGAAGCGUCGUCCAAUCACAUUAGAGCAAUGACCCGAAGUUGCAGUCAGUUCUUCAGAGGGAGAGGCCGGGAUCUAUCAGACUAAACAGGGCAUUCCACUCGCUCGAACGACUCGACCUCUACGCUUACAGCUACACAUCGAUACAGUGCGCAGACAUUCAUCAUUACAGCAUCAAAAGCUCAGGAACGUGUCCACAAAAUAACGUAACCCGGCUGUUCAGCUGCUCUAUGGUUGUGUAGUCACCAUCAUUGUACAGACUCUUGUGGGUUGUAUUUACCAGGCCUACUGAGGUCUUUCAAAGAGUUAUUGUUUUUUUUGUUUUUUUUAAGGCUUGUUGUUGUUGGGGGUUUUUUUGUUGUUAAGCACUGUAAAUUGAUACUAUGUUUAAUGUUGAGCUCAGAGUUGUUUGUGAUACUAUAGGCUGAUCGGUUUCAUUUUCGGCACACUCCUCUUUUCGUUUUUCUCUGAAGCAGAAUAUAAGCGUUUGACACUGAUGUUUUCACAUAAAUCUUCUCCUUGCCCGAGAGGAGGCGAGACCGAGAAUAUGUUUGUUCUGUAAAUGUAAGUAAAUGUAAAGCAAAAAUGUAUAUAGAGUUAUAAUUGCAAUAAUACUUGUAAUUUAAUGACAUAAAAUGAUAAAUGUGUCUGUGAUCAGUAUAACCAAGAUCCUUUUCUGCCAGCAAGCGAUUGAGAAAAAUGCUCACUUUGCUGCUGCUGCGUUACUCAGGUGCUCGGAAGCUCUCUUGUUUGUGACCCAGAAUUUUACAAUGAUACCAGGUUUUUAGCAGCCAAACUCCGAAUUAGAACUACAGAUUCCAGUGACUAUAAAAAAGCACAUUGAGAAUGACUCAUGUAUAUUUGAUCCAAAAUCUUGGUCAAAUUUUGAAAAUAUGCAAAAAUGUAAAUAUUGGAAAAUUACUAACAAAGUAGUGACGUUUGUUGUCAAGUGAAGUUAGCCAAUUUUUUUUUCUCUCUGAUCUUUGUAUUUUGUUGCAAAAUGUAUAGCCAAUGCAUUAAAACAAGAAGUUUGUCAAGUUUGUCAAACUAAAUCAUGAGAUUGUAAUUGUUCAUCGACUAGCAGAAUUCUUUUUGCUUCUUGGUUAUGAAACAAGUUUGGUUUUCUUAGACUGUUUUGUUUGUAUUAGGAACUUAUGAAAAAAAAAGAUAACCCCAUUUGAUUCAGACAUUUUUUCCCCCACACAUAUUAGGUGUGAUUGUAGCGUCACCAAAUAUCACUUUUGUGUCAGUUCAGUUCAAUUAUGACCAAACACACAGAGGAGCAGAGAACCAUGGGGCUAGCUCUGACACUCAACCUUUUUCCUACUGCUAUUAGAAAACAGAGAUAGAUUAGACCUAGGACUGUGUUUUGCUUCGUCGAAUGAAUCACUCCUAAUAGGACAUCAAUUUUGUCUUCCCAUUAAGUUGUCUCUCUUUUUUUCCCCUUUCUUGUCCACAAUAUUGUUAUUAUAAUAAUUUUGCACAGUCAGUCCUUGCCAGCCUAGAGAUGGUAUUGUAUGUAAAGUCGCGCACAUCAGCAUUCACGCACCACUGUCUCCGGCACAUGUAUAAAUGCCUGUAAAAUGUGUAAAAAAGAAAAGAGGUUUGGUCUCACACUCAGAAGGAGAAGACAGGUAGAAGUGUGAGGAGGUUGUGUCUUAGUCUUACACACUGCUGUGAAGUUUCCUUGUAAUGCACUGGUUUGUCAAACUGUAUGUACUCUCAUCAGCAC